AUCUGUUUCAUUUGAUUCGUAGAAAGGCUACUCGAUAUUCUAGAAAGAAAAAAGCAAAGAUAUGUAUUGCAGAAGAAGAAGAAGAAGAAGAUCCUGAAACUAUUUUAAAUGUUGGCUCUGGUGAAGAAUCAGAAGUGGAAGAGCAUCAUGAAGAGGAGGAUAGAAUUCGUAAGAAAUCUUCAAGUGCAAUUCAACUUUGUGAAGGUAAUGAUAAAAUGACGAUGCGUCGCUCAUCAUCAGCAUCCUCUUUAACACAACAGUCAGUUCAACUAUUGGAUUACAAUCAACAUACUUCUCCAAAUCAUAAUUUAAUCUCUCUAACAGAUAUCAUGCCACCUUCUUCCCCUUCUUUAACUUAUGUAACAAAUCAAGUAGAUAAAGUAGAUGAUCAUCUUAUCAUGAGUACAAAUAAUCAUUUAGUCUCUCCUCUUUUACAAGAUCAAGGUCAACUUCGCUUGCAACUCUUUCAUAUGAAGCAACAUUUUGAAAGAAUGCAAAAUUAUUUUGAAAAGCAAAUGACUUGUGCUCAGAUUCAAAUUGAAAAGCAACAAAUACGUAUUCAACAAUUAGAAGGCGCUCUUCAUUAUACAACACUAGCAAAGCAUUCUUCUGUGAAACAAAGUACAACAACGAAUUAUACUAAUAAUAAUAAUAUGUAUUCAUAUUCAUUCAUAGCCGAGAAUCAUCCAACUCAUCUUUAUGAAUUGCAUUCACAAAUGAAUCAAAUGACUCCAUCAGGAAUAGACGAAAAUCUCCAUCAACAUCAUCACUUUCACUUUCAACCUAAAGAGGAGGAUAACAGUCAAAGGAUACGUAGUACAAUCUCCUCUUUACCCCCUCAUCUUUGGUCAAAUACUCCUCAUGACUAUUUUCCUCAUCAACAUAGCGUAACUAAUCAUGAUAGAUUAGUCACUGCUGGCAGUAAUGAUGAUAAUAGUAAGAAGAAUACUACUAGUCCUACAAAAGAAGAUGAAUUAAACCCUGUAUUAUUAUCUUCAUCUACUUCAACUACUUCUACAAGUACUGUACCUAUAAAUGCACCUAAUACUAACAUUUAUUCAUCAUCUAAUCAUAUAAAUUUCAACUCUUUUAUGUAAAACCUUUCUCCUCUCCCCCCCC